CAUGAAAGACUUUCCAGGUUGGAAGCAGCUACGAACCCCACCAGCAGUGAGUCCUACAGCGACCGUGCCUCCAGCCGCUCCAGUGCCUAUAGCCGGAGGGAGAACCGGUUGGCUGCCCUCAGCAGCAGAGCGGAAGAGGAGAGUAACAGGGACUACAAAAAAUUAUAUGAAAGCGCCCUGUCCGAAAAUCAAAAGCUGAAGUCAAAACUGCAAGAAGCCCAGCUUGAGUUGGCCGACAUCAAAUCCAAGUUGGAGAAAGCAACCCAGCAGAAACAGGAGAAAACUUCGGACCGGUCCAGCAUGCUGGAGAUGGAGAAAAGGGAGAAGCGAGCCCUGGAGAGGAAACUCUCGGAAAUGGAAGAGGAAAUGAAGAUUUUGACAGAGCUGAAGUCAGACAACCAAAGGCUGAAGGACGAGAACGGAGCCCUCAUUCGUGUCAUCAGCAAGCUCUCCAAAUAG